AUGUUCUCCGUCGUCAUCCCAGGCCGUCCCUGCCAAACGGACAUCGUCGCAAUAGAUCCCCAACCAAACGGCCAAGCCACCAAAUUCGCAUUCACAAUCCCACUGAGCCCCUCAUUCAACGAGAUAGUCAUCUUCUUCCUCCCAGGCACAGUCCUACCCCCCGACACCGGUGCCGCGAUCUACGCUCAACUCCCCGAUCCCACCACCGGCUCCCCAAUGGACUUCCGCUUCAUCGGCGCAUUAGCGAACGAGAAGCCGUCCGGUAUAUUCAAGGUCGAACCUUCAACAACCAGCAAAAACCCCAAUGCCCGCUCUGAAGACGAAGAAGAAGAUGAGAUGCUCGAUGAGGGCGCUACUGCCAAUGCCGUCAUGACACUCGGUAUCUCCAUCGAGCCGGCGCAGAAUAUUGCGCCGCAGCUUGCGGCACUGGAGAAUGAGUCUGCGGUUGGUUCUGCGCAGAAGCAGCUUUCUACUAAGGUGCUUGCGCAGCGAAUUAUUGGGAGUGCGUUUAAUUUCCUUGCGAGCUUUGCUGAGUCUGAUAAGGGACGGGAUGUUGUGCCCUUGAAGAGCUUUCGGGAUUGGUGGACGAAGUUUGAGAGGCGGAUUGAGGUGGAUCCUUCGUUCUUGGAGAAGGAGGAUCCUAAUGCGUCUUGA